CGGAAGUUGAUUCCUCAGCCAUGGCGGGAAGAACACACAGCUAGUGAGUGCUGAGCAUGUCAACAAGCUGACUCUACCGAGCACCAAGACAACGAGAUAUCAGGAUAUAUAUAUAUAAAUAUAUGUGUGUUGGGUUUCGACACGCAGUAACGACGACUGCAGGAUUUUGAACUGGGCGCAGAGUUCGUCUUAAUAUUGAUGUUUAAAGUGUUUCUGCUGCUCUAAGAAAAAAAAAACAAGCGGAGUCAUGCAGGCGUUUCUGAAAGGAGCAACUAUCCAGUCGACCAGACCUCAGAAAGACAAGGCAGCAGCUGGACCCAGCACAGAGAAGAGAGCUAAGGCGGUUCCAUGGGUGGAAAAAUACAGGCCUAAGUGUGUGGAUGAGGUGGCCUUUCAGGAGGAGGUGGUAGCCGUGCUGAAGAAGUCUCUGGAAGGAGCAGAUCUUCCCAACCUGCUCUUCUACGGACCGCCUGGAACAGGAAAAACGUCCACCAUCUUAGCUGCUGCAAGAGAACUUUAUGGUCCAGAGCUGUACAGGCAGAGGGUGCUGGAGCUCAAUGCGUCGGAUGAACGUGGUAUCCAGGUCGUCAGAGAGAAGGUCAAGAACUUUGCUCAGCUCACUGUGGCUGGCUCUCGCACAGAUGGGAAGCCAUGUCCUCCUUUUAAGAUCAUCAUCCUGGAUGAGGCGGACUCGAUGACGGCUCCGGCUCAGGCUGCUCUCAGGCGAACGAUGGAAAAGGAGUCCAGAACGACCCGCUUCUGCCUCAUCUGUAACUACAUCAGCAGGAUUAUAGAGCCUCUGACCUCCAGAUGUUCAAAGUUUCGCUUCAAACCUCUGGCCAAUCAGAUCCAAGAACAACGCUUGCUGGAGAUCUGUGGGAAGGAGAACCUGAAAUACACCAAAGAGAGUAUCGCAGCUUUGGUGAAGGUGUCAGAGGGAGACCUGCGCAAAGCCAUCACCUUCCUCCAGAGUGCCGCACGCCUCAAUACGGACAAGGAGAUCACAGAGCGCUGCAUUAUUGAAAUAGCCGGGGUCGUCCCUGACAAGAUGAUUGACAACCUGCUCCAGAUCUGCUUCAAAGGAACGUUUGAGAAACUUGAGAUCGCGGUCAAGGACAUUGUGGAUGAAGGUUAUGCAGCCACACAGAUCCUGACUCAGCUCCAUGAGUCCGUCAUCGAGCGAGACCUGAGCGACAAGCAGAAGUCGGCCAUCACAGAGAAGAUGGCGGUGGUUGGUAAGUGCCUGUCGGAUGGUGCAGAUGAGUACCUGCAGAUAUUGAGUUUGUGUUCAGUCAUGAUGCAGCAGGCGUCCCAGAACAACUGAAAGUCAACAGAGGAGCAUCUCUCUUGGAGAGACACUGAGAGAAUCAGGACCAAAAGCCUCACAGAGACACACAGAGACAUAAAGCACUUCAGCCAGAUUCAGCUGGGUUUGAGGAUUUCAUCGAGGGAAUUCAAGAUGACAGUGAUGUUUUCCAUCAAAGACCAACAGAUCUCCACUCUGGAAGGAGCACUUUCUGAUGCUCUUGAAUCACCAAUCUAAUGCUUCUUUAUUUCUUUUCAUUCAUGUUACUACUACUACAUAGAUCUUGGUUUGAUCUAUUUUUGGAUUUUUGUAAUUUGGAAAGUAAUAAAUAGUUUUUGUAUCUUUU